AUGGAAUAUAUUGAGCAUCAGUGCUUUCCCAUCUGGAAUACAAGCUGCUCUCUGGACUUUCAUUUGAAUUAUGUCAAUGUAUUCUUUUUCUUGUACAUAUCUACAAUCUCUGUGCUGACGGUGUGUGGAAACCUACUUGUCAUCAUAUCUAUAACAGUUUUCAAGCAGCUUCAUACACCGACCAACCUCCUCAUCCUCUCACUGGCCGUAUCUGACUUCUUGGUGGGAAUUUGUGUGAUGCCGGUUGAAAGCGUUAGAAGCAUUAACUCCUGUUUUUAUAUGGGAAAGUCGCACUGUCGUAUCUAUCAUACAAUUACAUUCUUUUUUGUGUAUGUGUCCCUCGUCAACAUCAUUCUUGUGGCUCUUGAUCGUUAUUUUGCUGUGUGUUAUCCACUCCUGUAUACGUCCAAAAUGACAGUGAGAAAAACACUGAUCUUCAUAAGUUUAGGAUGGACUGUAUCCAUCUUUUAUAAUCUUGUACCAGUGAAUUUUGGACACUUAACCCUGACAGGAACAACUGUGAUCUGUCUUAGAGAAUGUGCAUUGGCUGUCAGCAACGCCUUUGGUUUAGCCGACUUGAUAGUGAGCUUCAUUGCUCCGUGUAUAGUGAUAAUAACCCUGUAUGUAAGGAUUCUCUCUGUGGCCUUGAGACAAGCAAAAUCCAUCUCCAAAUUUGCAAAGAAAAGAGUCUGUCAGAAAAAUCUCAAAUCCUCCAGGAAAUCAGAGGUGAAGGCAACAAAAACAUUGAGCACAAUUGUCUUUGUGUAUUUCAUUUGCUGGGUUCCCUGGUAUAUAGGUAUGCUUAAUAUCAAACAAUUUCAAACGUCAUAUUUGAGCUUCUCUGCUUUUCUGUGUUUAUUUUACACUAAUUCAUGCAUUAAUCCAUUUAUAUAUGCAAUAUCGUACCCCUGGUUCAAAAGGUCAGUGAAGCUUAUUGUUAGCCUAAAAAUACUGCAGACAGCAACUAACAAGUUAAACUUGUUUCCUGAAUAG